AUGUCUUGGAAGCUUGGAAAGAGUGAGUGGUAUAGCCACGCCAUGUUGUGUAAGACGCCUGCUAAGAUGGAUCGCUGCGGAUUCGCUUUGCAGAAAUCAAGGAGGGAGCGCUGGGAGCGCGAUCGCCCUCCAUGAGCGCCGAAGGGACGCCCAUCGAUCGCAGUGCGACGCCCACACCUGCCACGUCUGGCCUACCUACUGGUGCAAACGCCAACUCGCUCUCCUCUUCCAAUGGCGCACCGAUACCCAGGUCAGGUAUGCUAACCAUCGGAGUGAUAGAUGCUAAGGGACUAGCACUACCACCCGGUGCGCAAGUCUCUGCGGCUAUCGAGAGAGCACAGGCUUCAGGCGGCAUUGGUGUUGGCUCUUUUGGAGCUCAAAAUUUAGGAUCCGGAAGCAAUAGACAGUCCCUUCAGAGAAGGCAGUGCUGGUGGCUGCCUUACCUCGUCCUUGAAUUCGACAAGAACGAGAUCUUGAUCGAUGCCAUGGGUGGAGACCUGGCCAACCCCACUUGGAUGUACAAGGCCAACUUGUGAGUGGCGUCUUCGCGGCGCAGCAGAAACCCUAAGCUUGGAGCUCAACAGCGUCGCUGCCGUGUUUUCGCGUGCUGCCUCAUCAACACAGCGAUGUCUCGCGAAAUUCGGAAAUCUCUCUGCAGUGCUACUUACGCUCUGGUGACGGACCCAAGGUGAACGGUAAUAAUGGUGAUACGGCGCAAAAGGACGGGGAAGGAGACGAUGUGAUGGGUGUCAGCGACAUUUACCUUGGUGGAGUCAAAUGGGUGCCAGACUUCGAGAACCAGGUGAGCGACAGCGGCACGAUUUCUGCAUUUGCUGUGCGCACGGCGUGGCACUCACGAUCAACACCAUGCCCGCGAGCAACAGCGCACUACGGACGAAUGGUACCCGCUGAGCGUUGGAAAUGGGCAGUUGCAUGUCCACGUCUCCUACAAAUCCGAUUUGGGGGGAUCCUCACUGACCAUGGAGGCUUUCGACCUGCUCAAAGUCAUUGGCAAAGGUAGUUUCGGCAAGGUGAGCGCUCGGAAAGACUGCACUGUGGCUUUAAGCAUCGCAAGUCUGAUAUGUUGCUGGCCCUCGUGGCACGCAGGUCAUGCAAGUAAGGAAGAGAGACACUUCACGUAUCUACGCCCUCAAGACCCUCAGGAAAGCGCACAUCGUCUCGCGCUCCGAGGUGACACACACACUGGCAGAAAGGACAGUGCUUGCAAAGGUCAACUGUCCCUUUAUCGUGCCCCUCAAGUUCAGCUUCCAAUCUCCCGACAAGCUCUACCUUGUCCUGGCAUUUGUCAACGGUGGCGAGCUGUUCCACCAUCUCCAACGUGAAGGCAGGUUCUCGGAAGAGAGGGCGCGCUUUUACGCUGCAGAGCUGCUCUGCGCCCUCGAGCACCUGCAUGGCUUCAAUGUCAUUUAUCGGUGAGUCGCCGCACCAACCACCAGCGAGCGAUGGGAGACUUGCCACCCGCUGAUCCAUUGUUUGCACUGUUUUCGCAGCGACUUGAAACCAGAAAAUAUCCUACUCGACUAUACGGGCCACAUUGCGCUCUGUGACUUUGGUCUGUGCAAAUUGAACAUGGGCGAUUCCGAGACGACGAAUAGUGAGGACAAGUGCGGCUCAAGCUCGUUCUCAGUACCAUGUGCUGACACUGCACGACACCUUAACAGCUUUCUGCGGCACACCAGAGUACCUGGCUCCUGAGCUUUUGCUCGGGCAUGGCUACACUCGUGCAGUGGAUUGGUGGACGCUGGGUGUCUUGCUCUAUGAGAUGCUCACCGGGCUGCCACCAUUCUAUUCUGAAGAUGUCAACGAAAUGUACCGCAAGAUUCUGCAAGACCCUUUGCGAUUCGGAGACGAAGUGCAUUCUGAUGCUAGGAGCUUGUUGACUUUGCUGCUCAAUAGAAACCCUGCGGAGAGGCUGGGAUCUGGACCCAACGGUGCUCAGGACAUCAAGAACCACCCGUUCUUUGCAAAGCAUAUUGAUUGGACCAGGUUGCUUGCCAAGAAGGUUCAGCCGCCCUUUAAGCCUGCCGUGGUGAGAUGCGUUCGUGGUCACCAUCUCUUCAAGGCAGAAGCUGAAUCAUUUCCCCCAUGCUCUUCGUCUUUGCAGGCUUCUGCCAUCGACACGUCCAACUUUGACCCAGAAUUCACAAACGAGCCCGCGAUUGACUCGGUCGUCGACGAUAGUCACAUGGUGAGCUUUCUCGGCCAUUCGUCGCUCGGCUUGGUGCCCUUUGACCGCACUGACACCCUUGACCAAACCUCGCUUGCCUGCGUGCAGUUGAGCGCCACCGUUCAAAAUCAAUUCUCUGGCUUCUCAUGGAACGGACGCGGAGAGCUCAGCGAAAGCGUGCGAGACGAUUGA